AGCACUCCUGCUUUAUUUCAAAAUGUUACAUAUUUUCAAAAACUAAUUGAGUCAAAAACGAAAAAAAAAGUACAAAAAAACGGGAAACAAAAAAAAAAAAAAAAAAUCAAAUUAUGAUUAAGGAACAGAAAGAAUCCGACACUACGUCUGAUCCGUAUGAGAUUAAGUUCCCCUUGCCGGACCACCUUGAUCCGUCCCAGUGCCGUGAUGAGUUCCUCAACAAGAUAAAAGAGGAGCACGAACAAAAGUUGAGUGUGGAGAGGCCCGGAUCGUCAAUUCGGCCCGUAACGAUCUUCGAAAGUUUUGUGGGUGCCGGGGAUCCGGAGAUCGAAAAGGAGGCCGAGGCCUUGGUGGUGCGCCAGUUGGAGUGGCAGCGCCAGAAAGGCUUCCGGAACAAGACCGUGGAGCAGUUCAUAGAGAACAUUAGACUACGGCCCGCCCAGCUGGUGGCCUUGAAUUGCCAAAUCCAGAAGUCAGCCAUCGAGUUUUUGUCAGUGCGACUGCUGAAGCAGUUGCGCCUCUUUUCGAGUCCUUGGCCGGGAAAGCUGGACGAUAUACCGUACCACCUGUUCAGCUGGUCGCUGGAACACUUCUUGGUACGACUGGAAUACAACCAGUUGUACCUAGACGUGAUCAAUCGGGAGCGGAGCACGGAGGAUCUCGACUGCCUUAAGUUUCGCAACGAUCUAAAUGAGAUCGAACGACUUAUAUAUGAAAUCCGGGAGGACUUUAAAAGAGAUGAAAACCUCUGCAAAAGUUGUAUACAACUAAUACGUGAUUGCAAAUACAAUACGGAUGGUGUCUGGGUUGAGGGCCUCCAGGAGCUUCUCAAAAUAAAAGAAAACCUAAAGUCCAACUUAGGCGCAAAACCAAGCGUUUCUCUUUUGGAAAAUCGUACGACGCUUCUUAUGGGUCUUAUGGAGGAUGUUAGCGCUAUUGAUCCGAUAGAGUUGCGUUAUCAGAUAAAAUGGAUAAACAGCUGUACGGAUCAGCGGCUAAUGCUUCUAAGUGACCGUGAGGAGAUGCUGAAGAAGGAGCUAAGUGAUUUACUGACCAAACUGGAACUAGACGAAAUAGUGCACCGCAACUCAGAGUUAGUCUACGCCUGGGAAGUGGAAAAGCUGCGGAGAAACUCCAUGGAGUGGCAAGUCAAGCUGGACAAUGAUCUGGAAAAUGCGGAAGUCCAGUGCACUAUAACUAAGCUUGCCCUGCAAAAAGUAAGGGACGAUCUGAAGUUCUACUCGGAGCAGGAGGAAAUGUACCGGCGGCGAAUAGCCGAAGUGAAGGAGCUCAUGGAGGCGGAGGAGAAAAUUCGCCAGCAAAAAAAGACUAAAACAUUGGAGGCUGUUGAGGACGCAGUAAAGGCCAUUGAGGCGGUUUAUAAGCCAGAGGAACCCAAAAAGAAGAAGUCGACGAAAUUCUAAAGCUCAUCAAUAAUCGACAACAUUUAUUUACGUUGGCAACCCAAACAAAAUAAUCAAAAUCCCGAAAUGCAUGAACUUAACCCCCAAA